CGGCUGACUCUUCUUUUUUCGACGCAAGUUCCUCGUGGUUUGUUCUUGAGAGCCAUCAACCGUAAAAAAAGGAAUGGAAUUGUGUCCUAUCACGUAGGUGCAGCCUAAAAAUCGAUAAGAACUCCGAAAGGGAACCGUCGUUUUGUUGUAGACGCUUUCACUUGACCAUCAUUCAUCAGACUUGAAUAGCUAACGUCAUAGACAAAUAUUCUUUCAACCAUGAUGAAAAUUAUCUCGUUUUUGUUGCUUCUUGUUGGAGCAUCUGCUUUCGGUAUGUCUCACUAAUUCCAUGCACGCACAUUGUUCACAAAACGAAGCUCGGUCGGUACACUCGAGAUGAAAAUGGUUUCUUCGGGAAGAAACCUUGACGAUUGAUGAUGAAAACGCAAUUUUAGACGAAGAGUUCAGAUGUAUUAAGUAUUGUUCUAUAUUGCUCACUAACCUGGUCCCUGAUUCUACUUUCUAUCGCGACUUCAGCCCCUGCCGGGUCCUUCACUGGAUCGCCCGUGUGCCUUUCAGAACGGGCUUCUGCACCUAGCACCCAGCUUAGUAUGAUUUCCCACCGCAAGGGAUUCAAGAAGCUUGGAAAGCCUGCUGACCAGAGAAAGGCACUCCUCCGAGCACUUACCACAGAGACCAUCAGACACGGACGCAUCAAGACGACUCUUGUUCGUGCCCGCGCCGUCCGAAAACACGUCGACCACAUGAUCGAACUCGGAAAGCGUGGAGACUUGCACGCCAGACGUCAAGCUAUGGGCUGGAUGUACGACAAGCAACUUGUUCACUCUCUUUUUGAGGCUGCCCCUGACAGAUAUGCCGACCGCAACGGAGGAUACUGCCGUGUUUUGAGAACCGUCGCCCGUCAAGGAGACAACGCCAAGAUGGCCAUCAUUGAACUAGUAUAAAUAGAGUCCAGAGUUAUAUUUCAC